AUGGAACGUGCUAGAAGGGCAGACAUCAAGGAGAUCAAAUUAGACGCUACAACUAUUCUCAUAGAUCCAAAUUUAAUCCAAUCUGAGGCAGUUAACUAUUUCUACAAGCUGCUGACAGACACACAGCAGGCUAAUGCUAAUCUGGUCCACACCCACAUUCCCAGCUUGGUCAUAGAGGAAGAAAACGUUGCUCUGAUGCGCCCCUCGUCCAUGGAGGAAGUGCGUCAGGUGGCAUUCUCCCUGCCUUCAGACUGCACCCCUAGGCCAAGCGAGUUUGACGGCUCUUUCUACACAGGGUGCUGGCAGAUUGUGGGCCCUGACAUUCUAGAAGUAAAUGCUUUCCUGUUGGCUGUCGUCCUUCGCAAUCUCAUCUCCCUAGAGCAAGGUGUGUUCAUUUAUGGACGGAAUAUCGUAGAGAAUAUUGCGUUGGCUCAAGAGGUCUUUAGGGAGUUAGACAGAAAAGUAAGGGGCGAAAACAUUGCUAUCAAACUCGACAUGGAGAAAGCAUAUGACAAGGUCAACUGGAGCUUCCUCAAGUUGGUUCUCCUGCGCUUUGGGUUCAACAAAAGAUGGGUCAAUUUGGUGAAAAGAGGCCGGAACAAUUGUUGGUUCUUCAUUAGUGCAGCUUCACUGGCAUCGAUUAAGGAUUUUCUAAUCUCCUAUCAACGUGCUUUGGGCCAGAAGAUAAACCUUGCCAAGAGCACAUUUUUCUACUCCGCCAAGCUUCCUCUCGGUCGUGUCAAAUACAUUGCCAACUUCCUGAAUAUCCCCAAGGUGACCUCAGCGUCUCAGUAUUUGGGAGUCCCAUUCGUGAAAGGCAGGCCCUCUAGGGAAGCCUUCAAGCCCCUCCUGGACAGGAUCACGGCUAGGGUGGAUGGCUGGAACGCCCGAAUCAUGUCCCAUGCUGGCCGCGCCACUCUCAUUAAGCACGUCCUUGGUAGCAUUCUGGUUCACAUGAUGACGGCCACCCCUAUGCCUGCUUGGUGCCUGUCAGAGAUGGAGAAGACCUUUGCAAACUUCUUCUAG